ACCAUACACAAGCUUAUAACUGGAUCUUCGACUGUAGUUGCACCGGUGCACCGGAUACAGAAUCAUAUUGAGAAUACAAAAGGUUGAGCUGAAUCUGAUAUGCAGAUCCAACAGAUUUGCAUUAUGCAGCAGCUAGUACAUAGUAAUGUAGGUGUGACACACAAAGGUCUUCCAAAACAUAAAAAUGUUUGUUGGGGUUGAGAUAUUGACAUGUUGGUGUUAAGAAAGUCUCAUAUCCGAUGUGAGUUGGCUUGGACAAGAGUUUAUAAGUAAGAGGCAAUCCUCACCUUACAAGUCGGUUUUGCAGUGUUGAGUUAGGUUCAACACCCAUUUCUAAUAUGAAAUCAGAGUCUCUCUAAGAUGAUAUUGACAUGUUAAGUAAUAUGAACAUAUUCACAUGUCCAAAUAUCUUCCACUCACACACUCAACUCAAUUCUCUCCUUAUAAAACACCACUCUACCUUCAACUUUACAAUUCCAAAACACCACUCUACCUUUUCCUCUCAUCCCUCUCUCUCAAAUGGAGUUCCUCUCUUUACUCUAUGCAGUUCCAGCAUUGUACAUUUGCUACAAAAUCUGGAAACUAUUAGAUCAAAAGAGGGACCAAGAGUGUUACAUAUUAGAUUACCAAUGUUACAAGCCAACAGAAGAUAGAAUGUUAGGGACAGAGUUUUGUGGCAAAUUAAUCAAAAGAACAGAGAAUUUGGGACUAAAUGAGUACAAAUUUCUCCUCAAAGCAAUUGUAAGUUCCGGAAUUGGCGAACAAACUUAUGCACCAAGAAACAUCUUCGAAGGCCGCGAAGGAUCACCAACAUUAAACGACGGGAUCUCAGAAAUGGAAGAGUUUUUCGACGACAGCAUUGCAAAACUCCUCGCAAGGUCAGCGAUUUACCCUUCCGAAAUCGAUGUUCUUGUUGUCAACAUCGCAAUGUUCGCGCCUCUUCCUUCUCUAUCGUCGCACAUCAUUAACCGUUAUAAAAUGAGACACGACAUAAAAGUGUACAAUCUCACCGCAAUGGGUUGUAGUGCUAGCCUUAUAUCAUUAGACAUUAUUCAAAACAUUUUCAAAUCACAAAAGAACAAAUUAGCACUUUUGGUCACAUCAGAGGCUCUUAGUCCAAAUUGGUAUACAGGCAAUGAUAGAUCAAUGAUCUUAGCGAACUGUCUCUUCCGCUCGGGCGGUUGUGCGGUUCUUUUAACAAACAAAACAUCUUUAAAGGACAAUAGUAUACUAAAAUUGAAGUGUUUAGUCAGAACACACCACGGCGCGCGAGAAGACUCUUACAAUUCUUGCCUCCAAAUGGAAGAUGACCAGGGUAGGCUUGGUGUUUAUUUAGGGAAAAAUCUCCCAAAAGCAGCAACAACAGCUUUUGUUGACAAUUUAAGGGUAAUUUCUCCCAAAAUUUUGCCAACAAGAGAAUUACUUAGGUUUCUUGUUGUUUUACUUUUCAAGAAACUUAAGAUAUUUAGUUCAACUGCUUCUUCUAAGUCUAGUGGUGGAACAAUAACUACAAAAUCACCAUUGAAUUUCAAAAGUGGUGUAGAUCAUUUUUGUCUCCAUACAGGAGGAAAAGCAGUGAUAGAUGGAGUUGGAAUGAGUUUAGAUCUAUCCGAAUACGAUCUCGAGCCAGCAAGAAUGACACUUCAUCGUUUUGGUAACACUUCUGCAAGUAGUUUAUGGUAUGUGUUAGGAUAUAUGGAAGCAAAAAAGAGGCUAAAAAAAGGUGAUAGAGUUUUUAUGAUAAGUUUUGGUGCUGGUUUUAAAUGCAAUAGUUGUUUGUGGGAAGUGAUGAAAGAUGUUAAUGGAGAUGGAAAUGUUUGGGAAGAUUGUGUUGAUCAUUAUCCACCUGAAUCUUUGGCUAAUGCUUUUAUGGAAAAGUAUGGUUGGCUCAAUGAAGUUGAAGAUCCUGACAACUAUGAAUUUCCUGAUUUUCUUAAGUGAUAAAGGUAAUAAAAAUUAAUUUCAUUCAUCAUUGUGGAAUGAAAUAGCAAAAUCAAGAAGAAAAAAAAAUUUACUUGAUUUCUUGAAAUGGAUCGAGGUUAUUUUGCAUUAAUUUUUUUUUUAUUCCUUUGUGUGAUUCGUGUUUUCUAUUCUGAUAACGUAUAUAAAUUGUAAACAGUGGUUUAUUAUGAAUUCGGUUUUUAUUUAAACUUUUUUUUUU